GGGUACCUUUCACCCGGACGUCUUUGUCUGCAGUCCGCGCACCAUUUUGAACGCAGUCACCAGAGGCAACCAGCAACACGGCCUCCUUUUACCUGACAGGUACCCAUCUUCUAACCAACAAACGAUGAGAAUUUCUACCAAGCCGCACCAGCAGAAACGAUCGUCCGCCAAGUGAGGAACCAGGCGUAAGUUUUUCCCGUGCAAAAGUGCGAAGCAAAAAAGCGACCAAGCCAAACCUCGUCGAGAAGCGACAGAAGAAAAAAGCGCAGAGUGUGGACAAGUUCUUGUGAGUGGAGUGCUUUUCCUUCCUCAUCCCAAUUAAUUUCAGUACAAACGAUAUAAGUAUUUCACAAAACAAUGAGUGGUGCCCGUGUUUAUGUCGGCGGACUUCCGUAUGAUGUCCGGGAGCGCGAUUUGGAACGCUUUUUCAAAGGCUACGGAAGAAUUACGGAGAUUCUGAUCAAAAAGGGCUACGGGUUUGUUGAGUUCGAAGAUUACCGUGACGCGGACGAUGCCGUCUAUGAGAUGAAUGGCAAAAAGCUGCUGGGUGAGAGAGUGACCAUCGAACCGGCCAGGGGAACUGCCCGUGGUUCCGGAUCGCGUCGUGACCGUGAACGUCGUGGUGGACGUUCCCGUUUCGGUCCUCCAUUGCGCACCAAGCAUCGCUUGAUAGUGGAGAACCUGUCCUCCCGGAUCAGCUGGCAGGACCUGAAGGAUUAUAUGCGCCAGGCGGGAGAAGUGACCUAUGCCGAUGCCCACAGAGAUCGGAAGAACGAAGGUGUUGUUGAGUUUGCUACCGCUUCGGAGAUGAAGGCCGCCAUCAAACAAUUGGACGAUACGGAACUUAAUGGACGUCGCAUCCGUUUGCAGGAGGACCGUGGAGGACGUGGUGGUGGUGGCGGCCGCGGAGGUCGUAGCAGAUCCCGCUCGGAUAGUCGCUCUCGAUCUCCAUCCAGACGUCGUUCCCGAUCGGCAUCUCGCUCCCGGUCUCGAUCCCGUUCCCGCUCAAAGAGCCGUUCGCAGUCCAAGAAUGGCCGGAAAUCUCGCUCGCAGAAGCGUGACCGGGAUGCAUCCCGUUCCAGAUCCCGUGAUGCUGAUCACAAGUCAAAGUCCCGUUCCAAGAGCCGUGAUCGUGCUCGUGAUGAUCGCCGUUCGCGCUCUCGUUCCAAGGUGGAAAAAUCACGUUCCCGUUCGGCAAGCCGGUCCCGCUCCAAGGACAAGAAGCCGGAACGUUCCCAGAGCCGUGAUCGUGCAGAUCGUUCUCGUUCCCGAUCGGAACGUCGCUCUCGUUCGCGGUCAAAGUCCAAGGAUGCUCGGUCCCGCUCUCGCUCCCGGUCAUACUCCCGUUCCAGAUCCCGAUCCCGCGACAGUCGCUCCCGCUCUCCAGAAAACCGCGGAAGAUCCCGCUCGGCUUCGGCCGGUAACAACGAUCAGAGUAUGGAAGAUUAAAUGGACAUACUUGCGCGAUCGAAUGCUUUUAUUGAAUAAUGAUUACACACAACUUACUGAAACAACAACACUGAUGUAUAACAAUAUUUUGAUUUGAAAUACAACAUAACCAACCUAAAAGAAAGCAUGUUUUCUUUUACUCUGUACUGUAGGUUUGAGAUCCAAAUGAAGUAAUAAAAAAAACUGUAAAACUGA